CUGUUCGUCGCUGGAACAUACUCUGAGUGUUCGGGAUGGCGGAGCAACCACCGAUCAAGGCCGAGCCCGACACGGGCUCGCCGUUCAUGGACGAAGUGGACGAAACCCCCGACUUGGAAUUCUACGACGGGCUACGCAACGAGGGCGACAACUACAAUAGGAUGUAUCUCACACGCGUCCCAAACUACGUCUGGGAAGCUUGGUCGAAGCUCGAUGACGAUGCCGAGAUUGAAAUUGGGACAAUCCGCCAGUCGGUGGACAAGGAUGGCAAAAUGAGAUUGCAAAUGCGACUCAAGCCAGAGUUAGAAGUGCAUCAGAACGUGCCCAAAGAGUACGACAUGGACGUCACGAACCACAACGUUACCAACACCUUCGUCUUCACCGAGCAGGAUCUGCCGAGCUACGCCGCCAAGAACAAGGAGAGGGCCAACGCUCUGGCCCAGGGCAUCCCGGCGCAUCUCCUACGGAAACAGCAGAGGCAACUAGAGCCGCCUGCUGAGCGGGGCAAGAAGGGAGCCUAUUCGCGCAAACCCAUUCCAAAGAAAACCAGGAUCGCGGGCCGGAUCAAGCACGAAGUUGUCUGCACUCCGGUGCCAAACGCCGAGGCCGACAGAUUUUUGUCGAUACGGGCCAAAGCCACUCAGCAGUCGGAGAGGCAGGUUCAGAUGGUCUCUGGUUUUAUGAGACCCGGCGAGAUCAUGAAUCCUGCGGAAUGGGACGACUUUCUCAAAACCCACGAGAAGCCGACCAAGGCGAAAAAGAUGGAGAACAAGGCCGCGCGCUGGCCCGAAAACCAGCUGCUGGACGCCAUCGCCAAGUGCUUUUCGGAGCACAAGUACUGGUCCAUCAAGGCCUUCCGUGGAAGGAUCCCGCAGCCCGAAGCCUACCUGCGCGAGUGCCUCGACCGGAUCGCCGUGCUGCAUCGGACUGGCACGUUUGCCAACCAUUGGUCGCUCAAGCCUGAGUACCAAGGUAUGGUUGCCUCUCUGCCCAAGCCGGCGGAUGACGCGGCGGUGCCAAAGGCCGACGCGAUGUCCGAGGAUGAGGACGAUGAGGACAUCAAGAUGGAGGAUGUGAUUUAAUGAUGUCGAUGUCUUGUCAGAGCAGAAUGGGGUUGCGACAGGGUUCUCAGGGAUGGCGUCAAGCGGUUUGGGUUUGCAUUAGGUUAACAGGAGGGGAUCAGGACUAUGGAUGAUACCCUUAGCAGAAUGUAGGACAAUGGACACCUCUACUGCUGGCACUUGACAGCGUUGAU